GAUCCUUCGAAUUGCUCUAAGGUGUUUUUCGGUCAGAAUGGUAGCGAUUAAGAUUUUCCUGUUUUGCUUUCUACUGGCGUUGGUGACAUCGGAAGAAACUACGUCGAGUGAUAAGCCGGCGGAACCUGUUUUCUUGAAAAAGCUCGCCAACCGUAAUAAUGGGGAUAGAUAUUUGAUGUUUUUCUCCCAGAGUGAUGGUCAGUUUCGGUAUGAGCGUGGGUUCUUCAGACGUCUUUCGGAAGACGAUCCACCGAUUUGGGUCGUAACUGGGCACUAUGGGUAUAGAUCACCGGAAGGGCAACUUUUCAGUUACAAAUAUACGGCAGAUGAAAAAGGCUAUCGACAGGAGCCGGAACCGAAUGGAGAAGAAGCUCUUGCCGCAGUUGUCAAUCGUAUUGAUCCCAAGACAUUGAUAUCGCUUGUUGGUUGAAGAGUUCGUACGGAUGGUAAAAAAGUGGUAAAGAGUUAAAAGAAGUGAUUCUGAAGCUUCAACAGCCUGUCUGAAAUUAAGUGAAUCAGUGAUGAAAUUUAAAAAUUCUACGGAUUCCAAGUCAGAGGUUAUUAAAUUUGUUUUUGGUGAAAGAAAUUCAUUUUCAGUCUUUAGAUCAGUGUUUUUCAAAGUGAGCCCUACCACCCCCGGGGGGCGUUGAAAACCUACGAGGGGACGGUGAAAGAGCCCCGAUCUUCCUAUUUU